CAGCUGGGUCAUUAGGGGCGAUCGUAUUUGUUUUUGCUUCCAGCCCCUGCCCGUAUCUUGUUCGCCGCAUCGCGCGAGGAGCACCAGACGAUCUUGCAGCAGAUGGCACGGGAGACGCGCGAGAUCAAGUCUUUGCAGUCCAAGCUGAAGUGGAACAUGGUGCGCGAAGAUCAGCGGCUCCUGCGGGAGGAGGAGAGGCGGCGCGACCGCGCGGACCUCGCCGACGAGGCGGUGUUCCAGAGAGCGGUGCAGCAAGGCAUCGAGGAGGAGUGGCAGGAGCGGGUGACGGAGUGGAUCGAGGACUCCCGCGAUUUCCAGGAGCAUAAGAGGGUCGCCAAGCAGCAGGAGGCCAUUGAGGAGGCUGCGAGAAUCUCCGAGGAGUACCUCACGCAGAAGGAGAACUCCGAGUUCGCGGCCAGAGUGGCGCAGGCAAAGGCUGCCGAGCGGAACACCUGGGGAGUCGCCGAGCACAUCGAGCAGUACCAGGCCGCGCGGGAGGCCGAGGAGAGGGAGAAGCGGCGAGAGGUCGCCUGCGCCCGGCAGCGGAGGGCCGAGGAGCGGCUGGCCGGCAUGGACGCGGAGAUGCAGCGGGCGGCCCGCGCGCGCGACGAAGCGUUGCGCGAGCUCGAGGCCGUGCGCGCGGGCGCGCAGCGGCGGUGUGCGCCGGCGCCGCUGCUGCGGGCGCGCGGUGGCGCGAGGUGAGGCUCCUCCCUACUCCUCCUCCUCCUCCCUCCUCCUCCCUCCUCCUCCUCCUCCUCCUC